UCCAGCAGCUGAGGUCUCAAUCUUGAAGAGUUCAAUCCGGCGGGGGCCAGUCCUUUAGAGGCCAGCAAGUCCGAGGCGGACCUUUUUAAGCAGAGAUGGACACACCGGGACACUCUGUCGCACUUGAAAAGGCUCAGCUGCAGCAACAUUCCGAGGCCACUCGCCAGCAAUCAGAACCGGCGCUGACACCGACACCGACACCGACGUCCCUGGGAGCCGCAUCAGGGUUCAGCGGCGCCAACCAGAUCCUGGAUCUGGACAUUGAACGGCACGCCGACGGCAACCAUGACGCCAACGGCGUGCCCACCCCACCCCCAUACUCAGGCCCAUCCAGCAGCUCCCAGGUGACGCUGGCCACCCAGCGGGCCCCCCGGAGCGGGCCGCAGAAAUACCCCGGCCUCCCGCUGCUGGACUACCGGCUAUACUCGCCGCCGCUGUUCGAGCUCUCGGCGGACCGCACAACCAUCAAGAGCACGGCGCCAUACCUGUCCAGCAACGUCAGCGCGCUGGUGUCGCUGAUGCGCGCGCAGUCGUCGGUGCCGCCCAAGCCGCAGGUGCACAUCACGGGGCGGCGCGGCAGCCACAAGGUCGACUUCGCUGUCAGGCUGAACCUGAUGAGCCUGCUGGUGCCCGAGGACCCGCGCCGGCGGAUGGACUACAUCCGCUGCGUGGGCGACGGCGAGGCCGCCAUGCGCGGCGGCCUGAGGCCUGCGGCCGAGCCGUCGGUGGGGCCCGACGGCGGGCUCGAGGAGUGGGCGCGCCGGUUCAUCGAGGACCCCGGACCCGUCAAGAGCUUUGCGCUCGAGCGCGUUGUCGCUAAUAUGGAUGUUGGGUGGAUCGAGGGCCAGAUCAGGAGCAUGAUCGCGUCGACGGAUUACAAGGGCGUCGUGUCAGUCUCGUUCCCUGUCACGCACGCAAAGGUGGUGGUGCAGAACCCGGAUAAGGUGAACAAGUUCUUCACCUCGGUCACGACGCUCUUCUCGGGCAAGAGGAAGUACGAGGUCGCCAAGGCGGUGUGGCCGUUCGCGACGCACAGGAAUGGGGAGCCAGACCGGCGGUGCAUCGUCCAGAGCGAGGAGACGUGGUGGAAGGAGUGGAAGGACCCGAUCAGGUAUGCCAUCGCCACCAAGCGCCACGGCUGGGUCACCAACGAGGACAAGCUCGAGGCUAUAAUGGAAGGUGUCGGGAAGGGCUUGUCUACUGUUGACUGGGGCCCGGAAUACUGAUGCGAGGAUGUGGGCGCUUGGCUUGAUCUUCACCCAGCGUAUUUGCUUCGCAUGGCGUGUUUGCUUCGCAUGGCAUAUUUGCUUCAUAUGGCGUAUUCUCUUUCCACACUGGACCUUGUAGGGCAACCAUUUCACGGCGUUGGAGUUUGGUGGUGGGCGGGUUACUUGAUUAUAAUUGUAAAACGAGGCUCAGCGGUCUCAGGAAUGCCAAUCAUCUUCACAACUAUCUUCGCCUAUACUUGUGCCCAACUUCGUCUCUGAUCAAUUCCAUCAACUGCGGGUCUAUCCUCAUGCCCCUGGCCGGCACAGCCCAGCAUGGGAGGCUGGUGAGUCACCGGCCAAUAU